AUGGCACCUGACUCAAAGACAAACACCUUUUCUGAUACCGCGUCGAUUGCCACAUCAUCCGACUCUAUCAGAGAUGAGAAGGAACGUAAUCAGCAAGCCGGCCAACCCAAAGAAUCGUUGACCAGGAAGGUCAUCAACGCCAUCAAAAAGAUCGAACCUCCUGAGCCACGGAUUCCAGAAGGUAAACAUGAACAUCUUCCAGCUUGGGCUCGGUAG